CGACCACCGAGCAGCUCUGAGUCUCUGUCCUGAACCCUCAUAAUGCAUGGGGGCAAGAGAGGACUGGUGGCUCCGCAGAACACUUUUCUUGAAAAUAUUGUCCGUCGCUCCAGCGAAACCAGUUUCCUGUUGGGGAAUGCACAGAUCGUGGAGUGGCCGGUCGUUUACAGCAAUGACGGAUUCUGCAAGCUGUCUGGAUACCACAGAUCUGAAGUCAUGCACAGGAGUAGUACCUGCAAUUUCAUGUAUGGUGACCUGACUGAUAAGAAGACUAUAGACAAAAUCAGAAAGACCUUUGAUAACUAUGAGUCCCAUUUCUAUGAGGUGUUGCUCUACACAAAGAAUAGAACACCAAUAUGGCUUUACAUGCAGGUAGCUCCGAUCAGAAAUGAGAAUGACAAGGUGGUGCUUUUCCUCUGCACCUUCAGAGACAUUACACUUUUCAAACAGCCGAUUGAAGAUGAGUCAACUCGAGCAGGAUGGGCGAAGUUUGCCAGACUGACACGGGCGCUGACCAACAAUCGCAACCUGGUGCAGCAGUUAGCACCGCUGAGCAAGACCGAGGUCAGCCACAAGCCUUCCAGAUUGGCUGAGGCUCUCCAGCUGGGAUCAGACAUUCUCCCUCAGUACAAACAGGAAGCCCCUAAGACCCCCCCGCACAUCAUCCUCCACUACUGCACCUUCAAGACCACCUGGGACUGGGUCAUCCUCAUCCUGACCUUCUACACCGCCAUCAUGGUGCCCUAUAACGUCUCCUUUAAGACAAAGCAAAACAAUUUGGCUUGGCUGGUGGUGGACAGCGUUGUAGAUGUCAUCUUCCUGAUCGACAUUGUGCUCAACUUCCACACCACCUUUGUGGGGCCUGCAGGAGAGGUCAUUUCAGACGCCAAGCUGAUAAGAAUGAAUUACAUGAAGACGUGGUUCGUCAUCGACCUGCUGUCCUGCCUUCCGUACGAUAUCAUCAAUGCCUUUGAAAAUGUGGAUGAGGAUAUCAUUACAUCUGCAUCUCCAGCAAGUCACCUCCGAGAGUCUUCACAUUUGCACAGGAAUACCACACGGACAGAAGACUCUGUACUCCCAGGUCUCAGCAGCCUCUUCAGUUCCCUGAAGGUGGUCCGCCUGCUCCGGCUGGGCCGAGUGGCCCGGAAGCUGGACCACUACCUGGAGUAUGGAGCAGCCGUCCUGGUUCUGCUGGUGUGUGUCUUUGGUCUGGUGGCCCACUGGCUGGCCUGCAUCUGGUACAGCAUCGGGGACUACGAGGUCAUCGAUGAGACCACCAAUACCAUUAAGACGGACAGCUGGCUCUACCAGCUGGCCCUGAGUAUUGGGACUCCUUACCGCUACAACGCCAGUGGUACAGGACAGUGGGAGGGGGGUCCCAACAAGGAUACGCUGUACAUUUCUUCUCUCUACUUCACCAUGACGAGUCUCACCACCAUUGGAUUUGGCAACAUCGCUCCGGCCACAGAUGGAGAGAAGAUUUUCUCUGUGGCUAUGAUGAUGGUGGGCUCUUUGCUUUAUGCAACCAUCUUUGGAAACGUCACCACCAUCUUCCAGCAGAUGUACACCAACACAAACCGUUACCACGAGAUGCUCAACAAUGUGCGCGACUUCCUGAAGCUUUAUCAGGUUCCUAAAGGUCUGAGUGAGAGGGUCAUGGACUUCAUCGUCUCCACCUGGGCCAUGUCGAAGGGCAUUGACACAGAUAAGGUUCUCUCAAUUUGUCCCAAAGACAUGCGGGCAGACAUCUGCGUCCACCUCAACAGGCAGGUGUUCAAUGAUCACCCGGCGUUUCGCCUGGCCAGCGACGGCUGUCUGCGCUCUCUGGCUGUGGAGUUUCAGACCACACACUGCGCACCUGGAGACCUCAUCUUCCAUAUCGGAGAGAGCGUAGAUACCCUCUGCUUUGUGGUCUCCGGUUCCCUCGAAGUCAUCCAGGAUGAUGAGGUCAUCGCAAUCCUAGGUAAAGGCGACGUGUUCGGAGACGUGUUCUGGAAAGAGACCACGCUAGCCCGGGCUUGUGCAAAUGUCCGAGCUUUGACUUACUGCGACUUGCACAUCAUCAGGAGAGAAGCUCUGAUGAGGGUGCUGGACUUUUACACGGCAUUCGCCAACACGUUCUCCCGCAACCUCAUCCUCACCUGCAAUCUACGAAAACGGGUCAUCUUCAGAAAGAUUGCUGAUGUGAAGAGAGAGCAGGAGCGCCAGAGAAACGAGGUGACUCUCUCCAUUCCUGAAGACCACCCGGUCCGCAAGCUGUUCCAGAGGUUCAGACAGCAGAGAGACUCUCAAACCUUUGAUCAUAACUGUGUGCAGGUGGAGUCGCAGCAUUGCCAUCACUCCGACUCAAACUCUUACGCACAGUGUCAGUCUGUGUCUUCUCAGCAGCAGGGGUACAGCUCCUCUGUGCAGAGUAACACACCCUGUGCUGGAGGAGGGGGCAGCAUGGCUGCGCCUCCACAAGCAUUUAUCCACGCUGAGGAGUCAGAGCAAAGCUGCACAAAAGAGGCUGGGGACUCUAUAUCAAGGCCUUGUGCAGAGAUUCAACUUUGUCAGAGGGUCAGCAGCCCUGUAAGGAGCAGUGGUGCAGGUGGAGAGGGAGCUGUAGGUGGUGGUACAAGUGGCAGAGGCUCUCGAGGCUGGGCAAAGUUUAGAAAAGCAGCUGCACCACUGCCUCCUGCUGUCGAGCAAGAAAAGCAGAUGCAGAAAGCAGAGGAGUGGCCCGGGGGAUCCCAGUCCUCAGAACAGUCAGCAGCUGCCAACAAGAACCGGGACUCGGCGGAAAGCGGAGAGAUAGGGAGCACAGAGGGUGGCAACAGCGCCGGAGAAGCAAGUGAAGAAACUAGUGCCCUGCACAAAACGGACUCCUGCGACAGUGGCAUUACAAAGAGCGACCUGCGCAUCGACAGGGCCGGAGAUUCAAGAAACUCCUUUGAAAGGAGCCCCCUGGAAAAGAGCCCGAUGGAGAGAAACCCUUUCGAGCACAGCCUCGGGGUCGACUCCCUCAAACACUCUUUCGUCCAGCCGGCUUCUGAGCAAGCGUUCCUUCAAGCCACCCUGCAUGCGGCCAAGCUGGAUCUGAAGGGAGACAUUCAGAUCCUGAGCGGCCGCCUGUCAGUCCUCGAGUCUCAGGUGAGCGAGAUCCUCCGGCUGCUGUCGAUUAAAAGACGACUCUCCCUGCCCCCGACGUCUUCCCCGAAGGCCAGAGUGAAAAGUCAAGCCCCGGUCGCCGCCUCCAGGCCUGUGACGCCGAAAGAGGAUGAUGGCCGUUUUUGAACGAACUAAAAACUAAUUUUUAGAAGCACCAGUUUGCAUGUUGUGCUGGCCUGCCAAAGACAUUUCUUGCAUUAAAAACUUGCAUGCAGGAAUCCAAUCCCCUUUAAUGUAACCUUAGCACUACAAAAACCCAGGGAUUAUUCUAAUAGUCUUUGACUUAUGAGGCACUUAUA